AUGGACGCUUAUCACAUCAAACACACUCCGUGGUACCAGGCCGCCGUCGAGGCCUUCAGCGCCAAGGCGGCGAAGCAGGACCUCGCCCAUCCCAGUGACCCAAACACCGCUCCCAACCCCGACAUGGUGGUCGCGGCUCGGCUGCGUCCAGUGUUGGAGGACGAAGUAGCCGCUGGUCUCAUCCGGGGUGUUUUCCCCCGCAAGAGCGGAAACGGCGUCGUCGACAUCCACCAGAUCCGCAAGCACAUCAAGCCGCUGGGUCCGCCAACACUGAUGUCUACGUCAGUCAGCAUUGACCGGGCUUACGGCCCGGAAGACACCUCGGAGCACAUCUACCAAGACUUGGUGCAGCCGCUGGUUCCCUGGGCAUGGGGCGGCGGCGUGAGCACCUUGUUCGCCUACGGCCAGACGGGCUCCGGCAAGACCUUCACCGUCAGCGCCAUCGAGAAGCUGGUUGCCCAGUCGCUCAUGAGCGGAGACCUCGACGGAGAGCGCAAGGUGUAUGCGUGCAUCAUUGAGUUGGCUGGCAAGUCCUCGUUCGAUCUACUGAACAAUCGAAAGCCCAUCUCUAUUUUGGAAGAUUCCUUUGGCGUCACGCAGCUUGCCGGGGCCAUGGAGUUCGAAGUGACCGAAGCCGCCGUUCUGCUGGACCUCAUCGAACGAGCGGCAAGCUUUCGCCGCACCGCAUCCACGAUGAAGAACGACGAAUCGUCCAGGUCUCACGCCAUCUGCCGGAUCCGCAUCGAGAACCCAUCCAUGCCGACUGCCGAUGACGGACUCUUAUACCUCAUCGACUUGGCCGGGUCCGAGGCCGCCCGGGAUGUCGCCAACCACACCGCCGACCGCAUGAAGGAGGCUCGCGAGAUCAACACAAGCCUGUCGGUCCUGAAGGACUGCAUCAGGGGCCGGGCGAUGGUCGACGCGGCCUCGUUGACAGGGAAGCCCCAGAGGCCGACGCACAUCCCCUUCCGCCAGAGCUCCCUCACCAAGAUCCUCAAGCACGUGUUCGACCCCGUCGGCCAGCGCAGCUGCAAGACCGUGGUAGUGGCGUGUGUCAACCCCAGUCUCCCCGAUGCUGGCGCAGGAAAGAACACGCUGAAGUAUGCCGAGAUGCUGCGCGUGCUGCUGCCCAAGACGAAACCACAGGCGUACGAUCCCGAGAUUCCCUCCACGUGGUCCAACGGACAACUGCAGAGUUGGAUCAACAACAACUCUGGAAGCCCGGCAAUCUCGGGCGAGACCCUUGCUCCCUUCGAGACGGGCGGCCUCCUCCUCCGCCUGCCAACACCGGAGUUUCUCACCCGCUGUUUGAAAACCCCCGGCGUCACUCAGGACCAGGCUCGCGCAUUCCAUGCCAAGUUCUGGCGCCUGCAUGUGGAUUCACAAAAGUCCGGCGUGAAGAAGCCUGCGGCUACCACCGAAGUUGGGUCGUCUCCUCAGGAGCAGGGCGGUAGGAAGCCGACCAUGAACCAGGAUAUGCUCUCGUCAAGCGUCGACCCCGACCCUCGGGCCGCCCUGGUGCCAUUCAAAGACCGGAUCCGCCCAGGGAUGGUCGUACGCUGGACCCCACCCCCGACGUUCCCUCUGGGACUUCCCGGCAUCAACAUGGUUGUCGUGCUGAGCCCCCAUUCGGCAGUCGGGCCCAACGUGCGGGAUGUCAGCGGUGACUUGGUCAACGAGAAGAGCGAGUCCAUCGGCGGGCAGCAGAAAUAUCUCUGCGCGAUGGUUCUUCCGGGGUUCAUGGCCGACUCGUACGAGCUGAGCAUGUGGCGCCACGUCGUUGUCGACAUUGAUCAAAUGGAGGCCGAAGUGCUCCUGGAGUAUGAUGCAGCCACGAGGUAUUACUAUAUGACGGUUUAA